GAUGACGUCUCACAUGCGACUGGGUAUCCACUAACUAAAGUUCUAAAAAAAUUUUUAUACGAGUAGAGAUUUGACUUGUAAAACGCAAUUAUUAAUAUUUCAGAAAUAUUUUUCGUGUCCUAUCACAUUGGUUUAUUGCGUGUUUAUGAUAAGGUAUGUGGCAUUAUAAGUAUGAAUUAAUGUAAAAGAGUUUAAAGGUCGGUAUUCAAUUAUGACCAUUACACAGAUACGAAUUUGACUAUCAUGACCGCCGUAUUAUUAAACCUGAGACCGUGCUUGAGGUCUGCAUCACCUUUUAAUACUCAUGGAUCUUUAGCAUUCUUUGUAUUGCCUUUCACAAAACCAAUUCAGUGCUACAGAGACUGGAGCUCCAGCCCCCAACUGAGCAAAAACAACAGCAGACAGACCAAAGUGCCGAGUAGAUGGAAUAAUGGCACCACUGGAGGGAGGACAGGUGGCCAGAACCUUAGUCACAAGCAAAAUCCUUCCAUUCUCAAAUCCGUGUUUGCUGCUGGGACAGCAAAGAGGACAGCAGAGAUUAUGAGGAGAAAGGCAGGUUUAACCCCUGAGGAAAAUCAUCCUGAGGAGCCUGUGAGGAGGACAGCUGGGAUGAAAGGAAAUCUACAAGCACCCAAUCGACCGCUAUCUGUUGAGGAGUGGAAAAAUCUGAAGGAGUCUGUUGGAAGUCCGGACCGAUUUAAUGUUGGCAUGAUGGUUAUGCUGUUAAAGUCUGGAGCAGAGUUAGAUAUUGCCAAAUCCUUGCUGUCAUUCGUUGCCACCGAAACAGGAACGGUGUCUUAUCAACUUCUACUGCAGUAUCUGGCAAUAUGUGUGAAUGGCAAUCAUGACAAAGAAGUAUUUGAUGUCUAUAGUAUCAUGCGAGAGAGUUUCCCCUCUUUGGAUACUGGAGCUUAUAAUCUUUUGAUUAAAUCUUUUAGCCGCACAUCAAGAUGGCGCGAAGCUAUCGGUUUCUUACAUGACCUCAAAAAGGUUAUUACCCCGUCACCUCGCAUUUAUGGCCAUGUAAUUGCCGCAGCCAUUCUAAAUGGUGACCCGAUCACCUCCUGGGCGCUUUAUGAUGAAUUACUGGCGAAGGGUCUGAGCCCACAACAAGAGACUUGGAGUUGUUUGUUUGAGGGAACGAGCGCGUCAGAGAACGAGCAACAAGAGAGGCUGCUGGGAAUUUUGCUGUAUAUGAGGAACAACCAAGUUUACCCACAGCUGAGUCUGGCUAGCACCAUCAAGACUUGGUUUGAACGUAUUCCAAGGCAGAAGUGGAGAGGAACUUGGUCCAGCUCCUCACCAAAGGGACUGUGUAAGAGUUGUGGAACUGAGUUGGAAUCCAUUCAACUGAGCGCUGAGGAGUACCAACAGCUGAGGAGCAGGGUCAUGACUGACAUCAUCCAGGGACGGGACGUCUUCAAGAAGACCACACCAGAGGAAUUAGAGCGGUUCAAAGAAUUUGUGAGGACCAAGCCAGCCUUUGACGUCGUUGUGGAUGGCCUCAAUGUAGCAAAUAUCACAAAUGACCAAAGCAAGAAAUCAGAGUCGUUGCUGGCGGUUGUCUCGGAGCUCAAGCUACAGGGUCUGACUGUGCUAGUGCUGGGGAGGAAACACAUGUUGCAGCCCUCCAGAUCUUGGUCCAGACAAAACAUGAACCUGAUCCAGCAGAAAGCUCAUUGCUUUUUCACUGACAACAUAUCAGAAGAUGACCCCUUCUUGCUAUACGCAACGUUGCAUUCGGGGAACCACUGUCGCUUCGUGAGUAAAGACCUGAUGAGAGAUCACAAGGCAUGCUUGCCGGACGAAGCCACCAGGCGACUUUUCUUCAAAUGGCAAAGGGGCCAUCAGAUGGUCGCGUACGGACGCAUUGCGGCAGGGAGGAGGGUCCGAUUUCAGAGCGUCCCCAGCUGCGACACCAUAGUGCAGACUUCGGGGGAGACGUGGCAUAUCCCCUAUGACGACACUGAAGACAGGUGUUCAUAUGAAGUCCCGCAGAAAUGGCUGUGCCUUACUAGAAUUCCUUGAACGUGCACAUUAAAAUACAGAUGAACAAAAAAAUUCUAUUCAUUAGACUUCAUGACUGCCGUGAACAAAAUACACAAACCCAAAAUUAUAUGUAUGCAUGACAACUGGCAUUUUUGGUAAAUUUCAGAGCAGAACAAAGACUAUUGUGAAAUCUCAUAGCGAAACUCUUGAAACCCCCUCUUUUAUCUUGACUGAAACAUCCUGUUAGGCAGAGAUUCCCUUCUUUGGAGCACCAGAGGAUGGAAUGCGAUGAACAGCUGAGUGUUCUUAGGAAUUUCCUGUUAGCUCACACACCCCAAAGCUUCCUGGUUAACCAAUCUUCAUUCUGCAAACAAAAUUCCACCAAGGUUUCAUGUCCAUGCGUGGCAAGUUCCUCAUUCCAGCUCAGCCUUUGCUGCAUGACAAUACGGGGAAUUAUCUAAUAAUGAAGAAUCGAAACUUAACUCAUUGAUGGCGCACCCAGUCAAAAUGAAUUAGACAUCCAGCACCGUCAGUGGCAUUAGAAGAUGGGCGUUCACAGACAGUACUACUGUUAAAUGCAAUGUUUCUGUACAUAUGCAUUGCUUAGACCACUUUUUACUGUUAAAUAUGAGUUUUUAAUUUAAAUGGAGUUUUGCUGUCUAACAUUUACAACCUGUUCUACUGUACACAGUCACAGCUUCCAUAGAAAAUACAUCUUUGUAUACACAGCAUUUACAAUAUGAUACAAGAGAGCUGCUUGUAAAUGAUUGGCAGCCAUAAAAACAAGCCGCAUGCUCGAACGGCGCGUUCCCAUGCGCUCCCGCUGUGCUGCCCCUCUGUUUAAUAAGCUCCUACAGCUGCCUCUUAUCUUUUCUGCAUCUCUUUGCUGUCCACUGUUUGUGUCACAAGACGUCUGUACGCCUUCCGCUAUACCACGAGGCAACUAGUAGAUAUCCCGAGGCCUUUUCUUUUAAACUUCAUCCUCUUGGUCACAUUUCAUUUCUUCCUGCUAGUGGCCAUUCCACUGGAUGUCAUCAUAAGGCACCUGAAAAACAAAUAGGUGUUUAACAAAAAAGAAAGACCAUGGGGGAAUACAUAAGUCCAUGAAAAUAAUAAUGUAAAGAAAAAUG